ACGGAAGUAUCGGAGCUUUAGUAUCGGUCCUUAAUCUCAUUCCAAUAAAAAGCUUACGCAUAAAUUGACGCGGUUUUGUUAGAAUUUAAAAUGGUUUUUUCUUAUUGUGUGAGGCAUAGGUGUUAAAUUAUGUUGAACACGUGCUUGUUAAUUUUAUGGUUUAAUAUGACAUUAAUUUUGUGAGUUUUUAUGAAAAGGUUCGUCCUUAUUGAGCCAUCAUUAAGUCUACAUCGUUCGGACUGUGCGGUCGUGAUAAUUUAUUUUUAUUUUUGAUAUUAAUUGAAAUGAAUUGACAUUUAUGUGGGAAUUUUGUUGUUAAGGAAUUAUAGUGCAGUCAAAAUGUUUUUAAGAUUCGAGCCUACAAAAUCCACAAAGGGUGCAAGUAAAAUGCGUCGUGAUCUCAUCAACGCAGAGAUAUCCAACCUUCGAGAUCUACUACCCCUUCCACCCUCCACCAGACAGAGAUUGUCGCAAUUGCAGCUGAUGGCUCUGGUCUGCGUGUAUGUAAGGAAAAUGAAUUAUUUUCAACAAGUGUUCAAGAGUCACGACUUUACCUAUCAGUAUCAAGAACAAAGUACACCCACACCUAAUAUUGGAUUUUCAAAGGCAAUGAACGGUUUUAUGAUGAUGAUGACACAGAAUGGAAAAUUGUUGUACAUAUCGGAAAAUGCAGCUGAAUACUUAGGACAUUCUAUGGAAGACUUACUAAUACACGGAGAUAGCGUAUAUGAUAUAAUAGAUAGACAAGAUCAUCAGAUGGUUCAAUUAGAGCUAAAUAGAGGAAGUAACGGAGAGACUGAAAAUAUACCAAAGAAUAGACAUUUCUUCUGUAGAAUGAAUGUAUCGAGAAACGCUAGGAGACAAAUGAGAUUUGGUGACCAAAAAGUAGUUCUAGUUCGAGGGCACUACGUAUCAUACCUACCGCUAUGCAGUCGCAACGAGCCCGUGUUCCUAGCAUCGUGCACGCCGCUUGCGAUGCCGGAGACGCGCGAAUGCGUAGUCCACGGCGCCACAAACGUCUUCACCACUGUGCACGCCAUGGACAUGAAGAUACUGCAUAUCGAUACCAAUGGCGAGUGGUACUUAGGAUGGAAUAAAUCGGAACUAAUAGAUGUAUCGUGGUACCAAAUACUACAUUGGGAUAGUUUACGAGAAGCCCAAGCCAAACAUAAAUUAAUUACACAAUCGGAACAAGAUAAAUGUUGUAUAUUACUAGUGAGGCUGCAACAGAGAUCUGGCGAGUUCCUAUGGAUACACAUGGUUUUACAAGUCAAGGAAGCCACGGACGCACCUAGACAAUUCAUCGUUGCUACUAAUCAAGUAUUAAGCGAAGAAGAAGCCUCAAUAAUGGUGGCCAACUCCUGGAUAUACCAAUACUACGGCUACCAGCACCAGCCUUGUGGGCUGGACCCGCGUUGUCAAAAAUUCUUCCGACGGGAACAAUUCCAAGAACCCUAUCAAGAAUACCAAUAUGUGGAAAACACGGAGUUGGAAUAUGGUUAUAUGCCUUAUGUUCAAAAACCAGAAGAGUAUGUGUGCGAACGGAUGUUUACUGAUAGAGGACCCGUGGAUUACUCUACGCAUUCACCGCAAUCUACUCUAAGUGAAGAAAGGUCACCGAAUCACUACGAGGUGUCGCCUGAAGCAAUGACUAUGUACCCGUAUACAUAUGCCGGCAAGAGAGAAUAUGAACAGUUCUCAUCUGUAACUUACCCACAAGAACCCUGUACCAGCAUUUGUAUGGAUGGUACGGAAUAUCCCUCAGCAAAGCGAAUGCGUCUAACAAACCUUGGGGUUUCGAUGGAACCCGCAGAUGGCAUGGAGCGAUGGAACCCAAGUCCUCCAUGGUCAGAUAACCUCAAAAUGACAGACUAUACACAAAGGUUUUCGUAUAAUAUACUUCCAAUGCCCACAGAAAGAGUUAUGGUUACUUAAUUAAGUCUAUUUUAUGUUUGACAUUACCAAUUCAUUUGAUCUGUUAUGAAAUUUUAAAUACAAAGUACUAUCAACAAACCAAUACAGAGAAAUCAAUUUAAAACACUGAUUUGUUAUUGGAUAUUUUUGUUGUAAUUAAUUUCUCGGUUUCUUUAUACAAUUACCAGUCGUAUUGACAACAAGUCUGAAAGGUUUUUAAUUCCAUUUGAGGUUAGAACAAUUUAUAUUAUCCACUUAUAGUUUAACCUUUCAUUUCAUACAUUAACUUGUAUAAGGACAUCAAUAUUGUAUGGUAAACAGAACAAAUUAAAGUUGUAAUUAUAUGAUACUCUUGUUACUCACAAGUUACUUUUUGCUGGCUGUCAUAAAAAAUGCAGUACUCAAUACCUAUAAAGUACUGUAUUUUUUAUACAAUUAAUCAUUUUUCAAUCGUUUAAUUACAAGUCUGUUUUUGAUAUUAAAUCUUUUCUUGGAUGACUGGUAUAUUUAAUUGUGUUUGUUGAUAAUACUUAUGUAUGCGUUUGUGACUUAACGAGUCAAAAUAUAAGGGUUAAGCAAGAGGGGUAUAUUAGGUUACAAAGAAUAAGUUAUGUAUUUAUUUAUUUUAAUAUUUUCAGUAUUGUUAUGUUAAUCUAUUUGUCAGUAUAGUUAAAAUAAGUUUUUGAAGUAGCUAAUUGUCAAUUGUAAUUGAUUCCGUCCAAAUUAUAGUUGAUUCCAAAGUAAUAGUUUAUAAUGUAUUGUA